UUCGCUCUAUGUAGCAAAGACACCGUCAACAUCCAACAAUACCUGUGGAGGAAUGGAGUGUAGGCAACAGCAACAGAUGAAGAAAAUGGAAGAACAAAUAGAGAGCAUGGAAAGAACGGUGCAGCUGAUGCUGAAGGAGAUGAAGGAGGUGAGGGAUUUAGUAUCACAGUUUGCCAAGGCUCCUCAAUCCAUGACUGCGAUCGACAAUCCAUUACAGUUGGAGUUUGGUAGAAAAUUUCCUAUUAACACACUAGAAGACUUCAUCGAGCUAGAUGAGUCAUUGAAAGAUGACGAGACAAAAAAUUUGAUGAGCGAAUUCUGUACAAGAGUCGGUGGUAGCUCUGUUGAGGACUCUGUGAGAAGGAUAUUGGUGAGAACGAUAACCAAUGAGGUUGCCAUUAGCUUCAGCUGGGAAGGAAGAAAAGGGAAGAGGCCAUUAAGCAACCUUGCAAUUAUAAAAGUUUUGCAAAAAGUUGUAGCGGCAUCGCAUCCUCACACCUUCACAAUCAAAACUUUUGAAGGAAGGGUGAAGGAAUGGUUCAGACAAGCUGGAACAAGGAUAUUUAACAAAAACAAGCGAGAACUAUUGCAGAAUUGCAGUCAAACAAACCUGUAAUUUAUUAUA